AAAAAUGAAAGUCUCCAUUGUUAUGGUGGGAGGAUAUGAGCUUGGCAUGGAAGUAGGGUCUCAAGAACCCAUCCUCCAAAUGAAAGAAAGAAUCCAAAACCAUCUUGGAGUUCCCAUGGCUUCCCAAACCCUCUCAGUUUUUGGGUGGGAACUAAUGGAUGGACUCGACAUUGAAGAUUACCCCUUCAUUUCCCAUGGCACAAAGAUUGAUCUGACCAUCAGUCAAACACCUGAAAGUCAACCAGCCCCUGACCCUGACCCUCAUCAGCUCCACAGUACUAAGAUCAACAUAACCCUCAAAUUCGCUGCCCGAAAGCUACACAUAGAAGCCGACACGGUCAACGACACGGUCAGAACCCUAAAGGAGAAAAUCCACAUAAUAGACGGCACUCCAAUAAAGAGAAUGGCUUUGUUCUUCUCCGGGAAAGAGCUCGAAGAUGAGGACCAAAGCUUGGGGGAAUGCGGUGUCGUUCGCCCCUUUUCGGAGGUCGUCGUGGGCGUAAAGGCCGUGUCGUUACGGUCCGUGUCGACCGGCCCGCCCCCGUCGAGAAAGAUUAGCUUUGCGGUGAAGACUUCCUCGACGUUGCUUAACGGGGCAACUAUUCCGGUGGAGAUGAGCGAUUUAAGCACGAUUAAGGAGUUAACGCGCACGCUAAUCACGGGCGAAACGCUGCCCGAGGAUGAGUACAUCUUCAUUCAUAAGCAGAGGAUUAUGAGGGAGCAUUGCAGCCUGCGUUGGCAUGGUGUUGAGAAUGGGGAGUGCCUCUAUGUUUUCAAGGGAACCGUCAGCAGAGGAGAAGGCUAGCUCAUGCAAUUAAUUAUGUUCCACACUUCCCCUACUAUCUAUAUAACCUAAUUAAAAUAGUGUUUAGUUAUUCAUAUUCAUAAUGUCACUGAUGAGGCCGAUCUGUGGCUAAUGCAUGCAUUUGGCACUUUAGUUUAGAUCAUUGAUAUGUAUCCACCAUUCCAACCCAG